AUGCUGACGUGGCAUGCGCAGUGGCAACUGCUACAAAGCUCCUUUAGGCUCGCCUCGCACAAUUUUGAUGCAGCCUUCUUCCCGUCGCUCCUCCUUGUUGCUGCCAUCGCUUCAACUCUCCUCGCUGUGGCCUUUGCAGUAGCACCUCUCUUUGAGUUCACCGAUUUCAGCACACCGGUGGUGCUUGGGGUGGUGACCGCCAUUCACCUCGACUUUGCCCUGCUCCUCCUCACCAUACCCUCGUUUGAAAUAAUGCUCAUGCCUGUCUCGCCAUCCCCCCUCCUUGCCUCUCUGCCUUCCUCACUCUUCUUUCCUUUUCCUCCUUACUUCCAACACCCCCUCCUCAUCCCCUUCUCGCCUACUCUUCCCACAGACAGAGUUCUCCUAUCCGUGUCAGUGCUGCAGACCCCAUCGCCUCUCCUCCCUUCUCUCUCCAUUACCCUCUGUCUGCUGCGCCGCUACUCCCACGCCUAUCUCGCCCUCAUCUUCGGCCUCCUGAGGGUGCUCUCCUCCCUCGCAGCUGCAUGCUCCCUCACACCCUCUCUCACUCAGCUCCAUCUGUUUCGUGUCCCUUCUCUUCCCCAAACCUACCCGCCCUCCCCUCCCAAUUCCCCAUCCCUUCCCACCUACAGAGUACUCCUAUCUGUGUCAGUACAGACCCCAUCGCCUCUCCUCCCUUCUCUCUCCAUGACCCUCCGUCUGCUGCGUCGCUACUCCCACGCCUACCUCGCCCUCAACUUCGGCCUCCUAGGGGUGCUCUCCUCCCUCGCAGCAGCCUGCUUCCUGCUCACUGGAUUCAUUCAAAACGUAAUGCUGCAUAACCUGAUGCGUGUGGCUACACCAUCAUCUACACCAUCUGUACCAGUUACACCUGUGCCGACAGUUUUUGCCGCAUCUACACCCAUUAUCACUGCACCUGCAUCAUCCACACCGCAUACCACCACAUUCCUUGUUCCUCCCUUCCCACCACUGAAUCUUCAAAUACCCAUGCCCUCGAUACCCCUACUCUCAUUCCUCCCACUCACACCCCACCAAUUUCCGUCAUACCUCCUCCCAUCAAUCAACGGCUCACAUUCAACCCAUAGAAAUCUCCUCUCCACAGAUGUUCAGUCAGCCGUGCUGCUUAUCCUAGCCCUGCCCACCUCAGCCCUCAUCCUAGCGUGCCUCUUCUCUGCAGUGGUGCUGCAUGCUGUAGCAUCAACUCUCUUUGUCUCCCUCGCUCUUCACCAAAUGGGCUCCAUUCGUCUCCCGAGAGCCUUCUAA